GAGGCGCAUUACGUCACAUCAAAGCAAAUGAGCAGCAGAGCUCCGAGAUCCGCGCUGUUCUCUGGGAGUCUAAAGCGAAUGAAAACACACUUUUGUACAGAAACCGCAAUAUUGUCGUCGAUGAAGCGCGUCGUUUCAGCGCAGAUGGGCUUCAGUGAAGGCAGAGGAACACAAGUGAAAGCGGUUUCAGCGAUGACAGGCUUUUGAAUGAUUGAAGAUUCAGGCCGAAACAGCAGCACCAUGGCAGACAGAAGGCAACUGUUUGCUGAAAUGCGUGCACUAGAUCUGGACUCCAUCAGAUUGUCCACUUACAGGACAGCGUGCAAGCUGAGAUUCAUCCAGAAGAGGUGCAAUUUGCAUUUAGUGGAUAUCUGGAAUAUUAUUGAGGUUUUCCGGGAAAACAGACUCAACUCUGUGGAGCUCAAUACAGAAUUCUCAGUGUCGCAUUUGCAAGCAAUACUGUCCACCAUCUUUCAGCAGCUGAACAAGCGCUUGCCCACAACCCACCAGAUCAACGUGGACCAGUCCAUCUCGUACCUCCUCAACUUUCUGUUAACAGCAUAUGAUCAGGAAGGUGUGGGGAAGAUCUCGGCUUUUGUGAUGAAGAUGGCUCUGGCUACUCUUUGUGGAGGGAAGAUUUUGGACAAACUAAGAUACAUAUUUUCACAGAUUUCAGACCCAAACGGGCUGAUGAUUUACUCACAGUUCGACCAGUUCCUCAGAGAAGUGCUGAAAGUGCCGGUGUCGGUGUUUGAGGGUCCGUCGUUUGGAUACACUGAGCAGUCCACAAGAUCCUGCUUUCCACAAGAGAAAAAGGUGACGCUCAAUGUGUUUCUCGACACAUUCAUGUCAGAUCCUCCUCCUCAAUGUCUGGUUUGGCUUCCGCUGAUGCACCGGCUGGCAAAUGUUGAGAACGUUUUUCAUCCAGUGGAGUGUUCAUACUGCCACAGCCAGAGUAUGAUGGGAUUUCGCUACCGAUGCCAGCAGUGUGAUAAUUACCAGCUCUGCCAGGAGUGUUUCUGGAGAGGCCACGCAUCGGGCAGCCACAGUAACCAGCACCAGAUGAAGGAGUACAUGUCAUGGAAAUCUCCAGCUAAGAAGCUGUCGGACGCUCUCAGUAAAUCUCUGAGCUGUGCGGCGAGUCGAGAGCCUGCGUAUCCACAGUUCUCGGAUACACCUGAGAAAACACUCAACCUCAAUCACAUUGUGGGCACAUGGCCGCCCAGACCUGUGGCCACUGGAAAUGAGUACAUGCUUUCUCACUCCAUGCCUUCCUCAGGAAACCCUUACUCCAGCAAAGCCAGUGCUCACGAUGAGACAAAUCAAAUGAAGCUGUUUUCCCGGACCACUCCAGAUCUUCUGAAAGGGAAAGGGGUUCAGUACAGCCUCGAUAUUGCUGAUAGGCUCGCAGAUGAGCACAUACUGAUCGGACUUUAUGUGAAUCUUCUGCAGAAGGAGCGAUCAUGUUUCCAGCAUAGCAGUAAAAACCAGGAUGACGAGCACUGCCUCAUAGCCAGAUAUGCCUCCCGAUUGGCUGCUGAUGAAGUUGCUGCGCAGAAGGGCAGAGUGCCGACAGACAUCUCUCUCUGCUUGGACUCUAAUAAACAGCAGCGACAACUCAUUGCUGAGCUGGAAAACAAAAACAAGGAGAUUUUGCAAGAGAUUCAGCGCCUGAGACAACAACAUGAGGAAGCCUCUCAGCCUCCAUUAGACAAGAACCAACAAAAUCCAAUGUUACUGGCUGAACUGAGAUUGCUGAGGCAGAGGAAGGAGGAGCUGGAGCAGAGGAUGUCGGCCCUUCAGGAGAGCCGUCGAGAGCUCAUGGUCCAGCUAGAGCAGCUCAUGCUCCUCUUAAAGGAAGAAGAGCUAAGAAGAGCUAACCAGGGUCCUGGCCCUUCCCCUCGCUCCUCCCCCAGUCACACCCUCAGCGCAUCCGUCCAAUCACUGUCCGGCAACUCCACGCCCAUUCCUAUGCCUGUCCAAUCAACAUCCGGCAACACCACACCCAGUCAGACCCCUCAGGACUCGCUGAUGGGCCUUGGAGGAGAAGUGCAGCAGGCCUUCGCUCAGGGCUCUAGAAGGAACUUAAGAAGCGAUCUCCUGGUAGCUGCAGACUCCAUAACCAACACAAUGUCCUCACUGGUCAAAGAACUCAACUCAGAGGCUGGAAAUGAAAGCAACAGCAUCUCAGACUUCAUGUUUCCAGAGUCAGACGUUCGCCACACACGCAGCUCAUCUAGAUCAGGGGCAGCUAGUAAACUGGAGCCGGGAGAUUUCUAUGGCCACGAGGAUCUGGAGAAGCAGCUGAAGAUGGAGGAACGGCUCAGACACUCGCAGGAACCCGACAAGAACCUCCUGGUGACUUUACAAGAAUAGCUGCGCUUUAAUAAGCAGUGGAGGCUCUAAAGCACUGUGCAACCAGCCCAAACACACAACACUUCUGAAAAGCAUCAACAAUACCCAAUCUAUCGAUAUCCAAAUCUAUUUUUAGAAUCGACUAAACGUUUUAAGAUAAAACUGUGAAGCGACUUUGGAUAUGACAACUAGUGGAACUGUCUACAACACCGCCAGUGCCAUAAAUACAGUGAUUAUGAAAUUA